AUGGGCAAUGCUGCAGCAGUCCACAGUGUGACCGAGAGUUCGCGUCGACGCUUGCUGCUGCAGCAAUACAAUCGCCAGCCGAGGAAUGUUCUCGUCAGUAACUCGUUGAUGCAGGCCUUCGAGCAGCGUCGGCUUCAGAGGCCACUGCAGUCGCUACCACUGAACGAGAUAUACGACGUGCUUAAGGAUACAUUUGGUGUGCAGUUAACUGUCGAAGAGCUCCCAACCGUGCUUCGGCAUCUCGGUUGUCGAGUAGUGGAGUCUCCGACUGCAGCUGGCAACUCAGAUCCCGCAGAAGAUUGGUAUUCUCUGCAGGGUCUCGUGGGGUACGUCGCUCCUCGCCGAAUACUGAGGCUAGUGAAGAGGCCGCUUGAAUGCCCCCACGCCAUGGAAUUCUCCCACAAUAAUCUGACGAUUUGGCAAGCGGCUAAAAUGGGCGACUUGGAAGUACUAGAAGCGGUCUGUUUGGGUCAUGGAGACGCCUAUCGUGCACUGGAUGACUUUGAUAACUCGCCUCUGUACUACGCUAGUUUGUGUGGUCGCGAAGUCAUCGUCGACUUUCUUCUGAGAGCCUAUGGGCGAGAGCGCCGCACAAUUGCUCCAGACGAGAUGCUGCGUUGUGUGACGAACGCACUGAACCAAUACACGCGUGCACUGCUUCAACAGAAAAUGACGCUGGAAGAGAUACUGAAAGGAAAAGCCGAAGAUGACGAAGUGGAUGGCGAUUGCACAGAAGAUGGCGCAUGGUUUGGUCUUCUCGCUGAUGAUAACAAUGGAUGA